UUCUCUCCGUCUCUCUUGCUGUCUUUUGCUUUUCCUGUGUCCCUCUUUCUCAUUCUGUUUCUCUUUCUCUAUCUCUUUAACUCUCUCUUUCCAUCUUUCUCCCAGACUGUCUCAUUCUGCCUCUUUCACUAUUCUGUCUGUCUCUCUCUCUCCUCCCCUCACUCACCCGCCCUCACUCACUCUCUCUCUCUUGCUCUCGCUUACACACACAUUCUCUCUUGCUGUCUCUGUCUCACACACAUUAGAGCUGUGGAGCUCUGCACUACACAUUAGAGAAGAUCUCGGUGGUAAACGGGUGUAUGAUGGAGCACAUCGCGCUCGUUCUUCCUCUCCUCAUCUUCCUUGCGGAGAGGGGGGUCACAACUCCUGUAACCUCUGACCCUGAUGUGACCUCAACAAUCCCCACGGAUCCGUGUGAGGGACAACCGUGUCUAAAUGGAGGAGUGUGUACACCUGCAGAGGGAGAAGAGCUGAAGUAUAUCUGCACAUGCAGUGCACAGUUCACCGGACACAACUGCCAGUUCUAUGCCGACCCCUGCGCCAGUGACCCCUGUCUCCAUGGUAACUGCACACGUGAAGGUGCAGAGUUUGUGUGUGUGUGCAGCGACGGGUAUGGAGGAGUCAAGUGUGAGCAGCCACCUUCAGCCUUUGACCUUGUUGAGUCCAGCUGGGACCUGGCAGCUACUCCAGCUACCACUACUCAACCGUCUCAACCAAUCACAGAGCUGAGUGACACUGAGGCCCCACCCACUUUGCAACCAUGGCAAUCAAAGCCUGGACAGAGAGUGGUGGAGGUCCAGUGGGAGGAGCUCCAGAUCACUGAUGGAUCAGAGUGUGUGAGCAUCGCAGGCACUGAGCCGGCUGGAAUGAUGACGGUUUCUAUGGAGAUUGCAGAAGGAACUGCAGUAAAGUUGGUACUGAACAUUAGUGGAGCUGCAGCAUUGUGGCGUGUUGGAGCUCUCGGGUUUGACCGGUGUUCAGUAUCUGAUGGCAUGGUCGUAUGGUUCCAGCAGGACUCCAAUGGCCUCGUAAUCUCUGAUCAGUUACUGCCACUCGGUCACAACUACUUCAUCACUGUGCUGCGCAUUGGAGCCCCUUCUGGUCUGGAGGUCACUCUCAGAUUACAGUUCACUGUAAAGUCUGCUAGCUGCAUGGAGCCAGGCAGCAGCUUCAGUGACCCACAAUGCACUGGGAGAGGGAAGUGCAUCACACAGUCUUCUGUGAGCACAUUUUAUUGCCGGUGUGAUGUUGGAUACUCUGGAAUCUUUUGUGAGGAAUUUGACGCAUGCUACACAAACCCAUGUGAAAACAAUGGGACCUGCAGUGACCUCACACAGAGACAUGAUGGGCAUGACUACACUUGUACCUGUGCACCAGGGUUUGAAGGCCAGAAUUGUCAGUCUCGGGUAAAUCACUGUGCCUCAGAACCCUGCAAAAAUGGAGCAACAUGCACAAACACCCUGAACGGCCCACAGUGCACCUGUGCAGAGGGUUAUAAAGGAAAUGUCUGUGAGGUAAGAGUUGACCCAUGUGCUUCUGGUCCAUGUCACAAUAAUGGGACAUGUUAUCUGCAGGCCGGUGGACAGGGCUUCAGCUGCACCUGUCCUCCUGGUUUCACCGGACACACCUGCACUCAGCUCGUCGAUUUCUGCUCACUCAACCCGUGUGCACAUGGUGUAUGUCGCAAUGUUGGCACAAGCUAUAGGUGCCUGUGCGUGCCAGGAUAUCAUGGGUUGUACUGUGAGGAGGAGUAUAACGAGUGUCUCUCUGCUCCAUGUCUAAAUUUUGCUACGUGCCGGGAUCUGAUCAAUGCCUAUGAAUGUGUAUGUACGCCGCAGUACACAGGGAGACACUGUGAGAUUUAUAAAGAUCCAUGUGCGAAACUGCAGUGUCAGAAUGGAGGUCAGUGUGAAAGAAGGCGGAGCAAUGCAACCUGUGUGUGUGCACCUGGAUACACAGGUGAGAACUGUGAGAUUGACAUUAAUGAGUGUGAGAGCAGCCCAUGUCAUCAUGGUGGCACCUGCAUUGACCAGUCAGAUGGCUUCAUCUGUCACUGCCCACCUGGCUGGGUGGGCGGGGCCUGUGAGAUCCAUCUGCAGUGGAAGGCAUCUCGUACAGUCGAUUCCCUCCCUAGCAUGCCACGUCACUCUCUCUACAUCAUUAUUGGUGCGCUGUGUGUAGCCUUCGUCCUCAUGCUCAUCAUCCUCAUUGUUGGAAUCUGCCGCAUCAGCCGUAUCGAGUAUCAGGCCUCGUCUCGUCAUGCCUAUCAGGAGUUUUAUAACUGCCGCAGCAUCGACAGUGACUUCAGCAACGCCAUUGCCUCCAUACGCCAUGCCCGGUUUGGGAAGAAAUCUCGCCCAGCCAUGUACGAUGCCACACCCAUCAACUACGAAGACUUCAGUCCAGAUGACAAACCGCUUGUCACACUCAUCAAAACUAAAGAUCUGUAAAGCACAUGCGCACACACACACACACACACACACACACACGCAAAUCCAGCCUUUCCAAUUAGCUGAUGCCAACCAUUAAGUAUUAAAUAACCUUAAUAAAGGACUUAAUAAAAAAUUUAAUUAAACUAUAAAAGAUAAUAUUUAGAUGAACUUUGAUAUUGAAUAGAUCUAUUUUACCACUGAUAUGCAUAAUCAGCUAAAAUUUGUGUUUUAUAGAUGUAUUUAUCAGUAAAGGCCUUUGUUUAAUUGCAGAAAGAAGAACUACAAAGAGCAUAAGUGUCCCUAGUUUUGCACACUUCGACGUAGUCUCCUUCAGUAAAGCACUGGUAUUGUAGGCUGUAAUUUUGGCUUUGUUCCAAACACAGUUAGUGUUCUUACUAGAACGUUUAAAGCUCUGUCCAAAUGCUAAAGUAGGUUCUAAUGAAACCAUUCAGUGGGAGGGAGUGUUUGUAUUACCUACAAUGCACUAUGUUAACACUGAGAAAUAGCUGCUAGCAGUGAGUCAUUUUUACACAUGUAACGUUCUGUUUCAGAAUAUAUAACAAAAUAAACAUAAAGUUAAAUAGUGUAUUUGUCUGUAACAUAUAGCUAAAGAUCACAUGUGUAUAACGUCCCCGUCAGGCUUUAGCUGAGUGUGCCGAUUUACGUACAGCAUAUGAUAGCACAAAGUUAUGCCAGUGUAGUGAGCGUGCUGGUCCCCCUUGACAUAAUCCUUAUGAAAGGACCCUUAAUUUGCAAGUUGUGAUAAUAGUGGUGGGCUAGUUAGCUAUGUAGUUUAUGUUACUACACUGUACACUGCUUCUUGAUGUAACACUUAUUUUAUAUAACAUUUUAUUUUACAGAGUGGUGGUAGCUACUACUAACUACUAAACUAGCUUGUUGUUUAGCUAUUUAUACUUAGUUGUCAGCGAGGUAACUAUAUUCAGUAUUUUACAGAUAUUAGCUAACUAGCUAUUUAUGUUUAGAUAACGAACACCAGUGACAGUCCAUUGUUGUAACACUAGCUAACUUCAUUGCAAACUAGUUACCCUUAGCAAACAGCUACCUAUUUUUCAUUGAUUAAAAUAUAUUUUUCAGUGUCUUUGACAUCAGACCAGGUACAAUGGCUUGCUGUACUAUGAGUCUUCUGUGUGACACAGUGCACUAGCCAUUUUAAGGUAUCUUGAUUAAGGUUACUUCUAAUAAGAACACUUCUAUCAAACUUUUGGGACAAAGCUUUUGUGCAAGCAUAAGUAAAAACAAGCUCUAGGCUGCCUUAAACACUGCAUGGCUAGACUCGGUGGUUUCACAGUUAAAUUAUUUGUAAGAUGUUGUUGAAUGUUUAUCUAGUGUUCUCUUUGCCGGAGUCUUGUGCACUCAUCCUGGUGGUAGAAGAGUGUUAAGUGCCAUUGUAUCGUAAAUAACUGCUUUUAACCACUAUCAUUCACUUGGUUUGUUUUACUAAAUUCAUCCACUAUAACUAUUGAUGUAGCUAUGAUUUAGCUGUUGUCUCCAAAAUGAUACCUUACUCCCUAUUCCCUACAAAUUGCAUUAUGCAAAGUACAUUCUGUCCCAAUAAGGAACACUAACCUACUGAAAUGCACUGUGGGAUUUUGUGAGCUACAUAUUUUCCACUGCAUUUACAAAAAUGACUCCUGCAUCUCACUAUGUAGUGAAUAUGGCAUAUUUUGACAUGUGGUUAGCUUUAAUAAUGUUUAACAUUUUUUUAUUGAAUGUAAGUCUUGUUUUACUCUAUCCUUUCUGUCCUUCAUAAAACUAAAAUUAAGAACAGUAGUUUUGUUAUCUGUGAGUCAAUACUGGCAUGUUCUGUAGACUGAACUAUGGUGAGUACUGUGCAGUGUGAGGGCUUAGUGAUCAAGCUAAAAACAACAAAAAAAAGUCGUAUUACAUACAUGUGAUUUUUCUUCAUUAAAAGGUUAAAUGUGACUUUUCUUUAA